AUGCCUACCCGCUACGUGUAUGUACCAGACGAAGAGACUAAGCCUCGUCCACUUAGAGUGGAAGUGAAAAACUACUCCGGUAAGGAGGGUGAGAACCUCAUCCUCUGGAUCCGUGAGAUUGAGAUGGCCCUGGGACAAGGCUUGAUCACGCUUGACCAUCAACAGGUCUUGCUGGCUAUCUCGAAGCUCGAUGGUAGAGCUAGAGAAUGGGCCUUGACGUGUAGCACGUCGGUGGACGUAGCGUUUCCCACAUGGGAGUCGCUCAAGUCACAAUUGGUACAGGUGUUUUUUCCACCUAACCAGGCUUACCGCGUGCGCUCACGCUUUCUUUCUACCCGCCAGGGUAAGAAUGAAUUAUUGGACUAUGUCCAAGAGCUGAGAACGCUCAUGGCUGCAAUGUAG